GAAACUAAAGUUGUUAUGUUGGAAGAUCUGGCUGGCCAUUUUAAACUAAAAACACAAGAAGUGAUUCAGAGAGUUCAAGAUCUCCAAGCUGAAGGUCGCUUAACGGGAGUGAUUGAUGACCGGGGAAAGUUUAUAUAUAUUACCAUGGAAGAGCUGGAGGCAGUAGCUCGCUAUAUUCGCCAGUGUGGGCGAGUUUCCAUUGCAGAUCUAGCCACAUGUAGCAACAGAUUGAUUAACCUUGACCCAGACACUUCCUCCACGGCACUCAAAAUGGCCUCACAGCUAGUUGAACAGGUGACAGUUGAUGAGGUUGCAUCCUAG